UCGUGGUGCGUUUAGGGGGUAGUGUCCUGGUUCACGCCUAUCCCCUUCUUCUUCUUCUUCUUCUUCUUCUUCUCUCUCUUCUCCCAGCCGUGUUUUGCCCUCCUCUCCCCUCCCCGUAUAGAAGUCAUGAUGGCGGAACUGUAGGCUUCGGGACGAGCAGGAGUGCACCGCCCGCCCUCGUUUAACAAGUGUACAUAGUUAUUUAUUUAUUCAGCCAACUUUCACGUCUCCCCGUCCCGCUAUGACCCGCUGGAUUCCCACUAAAAAAGAGAAGUACGGAGUCGUAAUCUACAAUUAUGAUCCCAGUCGUGAGCAGGAGCUGUGCCUACAGGUGGGGGACACGGUGCACAUACUUGAGAAAUUGGAAGGCUGGUAUAGGGGCUACACUCUGCGCAAGAAAUCUCAGAAGGGCAUUUUCCCAGCUUCCUACAUCCACUUGAAGGAAGCUGCGGUCGAGGGAAUAGGCCAGCAGGAAAUAAUUAUUCCAGCAGAUUUACCCCUGGUACAGGAGCUCGGGGCUACGCUGAGGGAAUGGGCGCAGAUAUGGCACAAGCUCUACGUGGCGAACAAGACAACCCUGUUCAGGAGCGUGCAGCAGAUGGCCUACAGCCUCAUCGAAUAUCGAUCUCAGAUAGUGUCGGGAACGCUGCCCAAGGAUGACCUUGUGGAGCUCAAAAAGAAAGUCACGGCAAAGAUUGAUUAUGGAAACCGGAUUCUGGGGCUGGACCUGGUGGUGCGAGAUGAAGCAGGAAACACAUUGGAUCCUGGCCGGACCAGCACGGUCAGUCUGUUCCGGGCGCACGAAACGGCUUCCCGCAGCGUCAAUGACAGGAUACAAGAGGAGAAGACGCGGCUACAAAACCUGGAAAUGAGGCGUCAGACCCUGUUCAGCACGGUGCACACCUACAGCCUCCUGAUGAACCUGAAAAACUUUGUGUGUAACAUUGGUGAAGACGCCGAGCUGCUCAUGUCUCUCUAUGACCCUGACCAGUCGGAAUUCAUCAGUGAGAACUUCCUGGUGCGCUGGGACAGUAUGGGGAUGCCUAAAGAAAUUGAAAAACUAAACAACCUGCCAGCUCUGUUCACGGACCUGAGUAGCAGUGACUUGAUGAGGCAGCGGCUCUUCUUGGUGUGUCAGAUCAUCAGAGUGGGGAGCAUGGAGCUGAAGGAGGGCAAGAAACAAACCGGUGGACUGAGGAGGCCGUUCGGCGUGGCUGUGAUGGACAUCACAGACGUCGCCCAUGGCAAAACAGACGAUGAGGACAAACAGCACUUCAUCCCCUUUCAGCAGAUAGCUAUGGAAACCUACAUCCGUCAGAGGCAGCUCAUCAUGUCUCCACUCAUCCCUUCUCGAGUCAUAGGAGAGAAUGAGCCUCUUACUGCUGUCUUCAACAAAGUCAUUGCCACCCGGGAGGUCAAUCACAAAGGCCAGGGAUUGUUUGUGACCCUAAAGCUCCUCCCAGGAGACCUCAGCCAGGUCAGGAAAGAUUACCCCCACUUUGUUGACCGCAGCACAGCUAUCGUCAGGAAAAUGGGCUUUCCAGAAAUCAUCCUCCCAGGAAACGUGAGGAACGAUAUUUAUGUGACGUUGCUACAGGGAGAGUUUGACCGUGGGAAGAAGAAGACACCCAAAAACGUAGAGGUCAUACUCAGUGUGCACGAUGAGGAGGGGAAUCCCAUGGAGAAAGCAAUAUUUCCUGGGGCUGGUUAUGAUGGCAUAACGGAGUACAAGUCUGUCAUUUACUACCAAGUGAAGCAGCCUUGCUGGAAUGAAACGGUGAAGGUUACAAUUCCCAUUGAAGACGUAUGCCGCUGCCACUUGAGGGUGAUGUUUCGACACAGAUCCUCCCAGGACUCCAGGGACAAAUCGGAAAAACCCUUUGGUAUGGCCUUUGUCCGGCUCAUGAGAGGAGAUGGGACCACUCUGAAAGACGGCAGGCAUGAACUCAUCGUCUAUAAGGUUGACACAAAAAAAGCCGAGGACGCGAAGGUCUAUCUCACCUUGCCAGCAACCUGGGCUGAAGUGGAGGAGAAGGAGAAGCAUACAGGGAAGCAGUUCCACCAUUCAGGAGUGAUUCCUGUGACUAAAGACAGCUUCCAGAUCGCUAUGCUCACUUGCUCCACUAAACUCACGCAGAAUGUGGAUCUCCUUGGCCUGUUGAACUGGAGGUCAAACCCCGAGGACCUGGACCAGAUUUUGCAGAGGCUCAUGGAGGUGGAGGGAGGAGAGAUCGUCAAGUUCCUCCAGGACACUCUUGAUGCGCUGUUCAACAUCAUGAUGGAGACCUCAGAAAAGGACACCUAUGACACCCUCGUGUUCAAUGCCUUGGUGUUCAUAAUCACGCUUAUUGGCGACAUCAAAUUCCAGCACUUUAACCCAGUCCUAGAAACAUACAUCAGUAAGCACUUCAGUGCCACUUUGGCGUACAUGAAGCUAACCAGGGUGCUUAACUACUAUGUGGGCCAUGCCGAGGAGCCCAUCCUCACCGAGAGGCUCUAUGCAGCACUCAAAGCUCUCAAGUAUCUGUUCAGGUUUAUUGUGCAGUCCCGAGUCCUCUAUCUCAGAUUUUACGGAAACAGCGAAGACGGCGACGCUUUCUUCAACUCCAUUCGCACCCUUUUCCUCUCGUUCAACACGCUCAUGGACAGGCCGCUGGACGAGGGCGUGAAGAUAAAGGGGGCGAUAUUGAAAUACCUCCCCAGCAUCAUUAAUGACAUCCAGACUGUGUUUGAUCCUGUGGAGCUCAGCGUUCUCCUGGCAAAGUUCAUUGAGAGCAUUCCCGACUCUCAGCUCGUGCGACAGAAGCUGGGCUGCAUGUGUAAAAUGGUGGAGAGUGACCUUUUCAGGCAGCCAGAUUGCCGUGACGUGCUUCUGCCACUUGUUACUGAUCAGCUGAGCGGCCAGCUGGAUGACCACUCUAGUAAACCAGACUACGAGGCCUGCGUCCAACUGCUCAGCACGGUGUUGGACAGCCUGGACCGCAAAGAUGUGGGUCCAACCAGAGGGCACGUUCAGCUGAUAAUGGAGCGGCUCCUUCGCAGGGUUAAUCGCACUGUCAUCAGCAUGGACAGAUCGUCUCCUCUCAUCGGCCACUAUCUAGCAUGCAUGACGGCCAUCCUGAAGCAAAUGGAUGACAUGCAUUACGCCCACUACAUCAGCACCUUCAAGACAAGACAGGAUAUCAUUGACUUUCUCAUGGAGACAUUCAUCAUGUUUAAAGACCUCAUGGGAAAUGUCUUCCCCACUGACUGGAUGGUCAUGAACCUGGUGCAGAUGCAGGUGUUCUUGAGGGCCAUCAACCAGUACUCGAACGUCCUCAACAUGUACUUUCUGGACCAGGCGCAUUUUGAACUACAGCUGUGGAAUAACUACUUUCAUUUGACCGUGGCAUUCCUCACUCACAAGGCACUGCAGUUGGAAUCGUUCUCGCAAGAGAAACGAAAUAAGAUACUGAACAAAUAUGGAGACAUGAGAAAGACUAUUGGAUUUGAGAUGAGAGAUAUGUGGUACAACCUUGGCCCGCACAAAAUGAAGUUCAUACCAGGCAUGGUUGGACCCAUUCUUGAGGCCACACUUGUGCCUGAGCCGGAGCUGAGAAAAGCUACCAUGCCCAUCUUCUUUGAUAUGAUGCAGUGUGAGCACAACUUCAAUCCUGGACGCACAUUUGAAACGUUUGAAAACGAAUUGAUAACAAAAUUGGAUCAAGAGGUAGAAGGAGGCCGAGGGGAUGAACAGUACAAAGUCCUGCUGGAGAAAACAUUGCUGGAGCACUGCAGACGCCACAGAUACCUGUCCCAGUCAGGAGAGGAGCUGGCUCUGCUGCUAAGCAGCCUGCUAGAGAAUCUUCUCGCGUACCGCACCAUCACACACGAUGAAAGCCCUGAGCACCGAAUGAGCUGCACCGUCAAUGUCCUGAAUUUCUACAAGGAAAAGAAGAGAGAGGACAUUUACAUCCGGUACUUGUACAAGCUGAGAGAUUUGCACUUGGACUGUGAGAACUACACAGAGGCGGCCUACACCUUGCUACUACAUGCUGAGUUACUGGAGUGGUCUGACAAAGCUUGUGCACCUCAUCUGAUACCUCGUGACGGGGACCAUGUGUGGACCCAACAGGAGCUGAAAGAGAGGCUCUUCCAAGAGAUCAUAUGUUACUUGGACAAGGGCAAGAUGUGGGAGAAGGCCAUUGAACUGGGCAAACAGCUGGCCAAGAUGCACGAGAGCCACAUGUUUGAUUUCAUGGAGCUGAGCCAGCUGCUGAAAAAACAAGCCCAGUUCUAUCAAAACAUAAUGCAUGCAAUGCGGCCACAGCCAGAGUACUUUGCUGUUGGAUAUUAUGGCCUUGGAUUUCCUUCUUUCCUCAGGAACAAAAUGUUCAUCUACCGAGGCAAAGAGUACGAGUGGCUCGAAGACUUCAGCUUAAAGUUGCUAUCCCAGUUUCCAAAUGCAGUCCGCAUGACCAGCACAGCGCCCCCUGGAGACGACAUCAGCAACUCCUCUGGACAGCACAUCCAGUGCUUUACUGUCAAGCCUGUUCUCACUGUGCCACACCAGUUUAAAGACAAGGGGGUUCCAGAGCAGAUAUUAAACUAUUACAGAACCAAUGAAGUGGAUCAGUUCCAGUAUUCUAGGCCCUUCAGGAAAGGUGAAAAGGACCCAGACAAUGAAUUUGCAACCAUGUGGAUUGAGAGAUCAACUUACAUUACUGCCUAUCGCUUCCCAGGGAUACUCAAAUGGUUUGAAGUCAAAUCUGUGUCAGUGGAGGAGAUCAGUCCGUUGGCGAACGCCAUUGAAACCAUGGAGCUGGCCAACGAGAAGCUGAGUAACCUCGUGCAGCAACAAGCCUGUGACCGCUCACUGUCCAUCAACCCGCUGUCCAUGAUGCUCAGUGGCAUCGUUGACCCUGCCGUCAUGGGUGGCUUCUCCAACUAUGAGAAGGCGUUCUUCACAGACACCUACAUCCAGCAGCACCCAGAUGACCACGAACGCAUUGAGGUCCUUAAACAACUCAUUGCCCUGCAGAUCCCUCUCCUGGCAGAUGGAAUUCGUAUCCACGGGGAGAAGACGACGGAGCAGCUGAAGCCCUUACACAACCGUCUGGUUACUUGCUUCCAAGACCUUCGGGAGAAAGUGGAGAAGCAUUAUGGCGUCAUAACCUUGCCCUGCUCUCUCACCGAGAAGAAGAAAAGUCGCGUGGGCUCGGUGGUGAUGCCCUACAUCCUGUCCUCCACCCUGCGCCGCAUGUCCACUGUCUCAACCCUCUCCAACGCCUCCUCAGGCCUUUCAAGCGGCUCUGCCUCCUCAGAUGGACCCUCCUGCCUUUCCUCCCAAGAUUCCUUAUUGUCCCACCCCAGUGAUCGCAGGGCCUCCAUUCUGUCCCGCUCGGAGGAGGACAACAGGAUCGCUAGAAAGAACAGGAAAGAGUGGAGUGUGAGCAAAUCACAGGUCCUACUGGAGAGGCAGACGGAUUCAGACGAGACUCCUCCAGAGAAGCAGCAGAGACCCAAGAGUUUACAAUUAGGAGACCGACGGCUUACCCUGUCCCUGUUCCAGGGAGUUUCAUCCCAGCUCAGUCUGUCUAACCCUCUCAGCCCGCUACCUGGCUCUCCACACACGCCGCACACGCCUCGCAGCUCCAGUUAUUCAUCACUCCUCAGUGACAAUGACGCCAAUACCAUUGACACCCCAGGGACUCCCCCACCCAUGCCUCCAAAGAAACACCCACACGAGAUUGACAACCCCGGGUUCUCCUCAGAGUUCACUCCCCCGCUGCCAAUGAAAAUUGAGAGCAAGCCUCCUCCACCUCCUCCAAAAACACGGAAGUCAAUGUUCCCUACGUACGAGCAUCCACCUCAGUGAGGCUGCACCAGCGCACAGCCCUGAAAGUUUUUACUAAUUCUCUGGUGAUGGAAACCACAAUACCAGAUGUGAAACUGUGGAAAUGUCACGCUUGGGCUACAGAUUUUACAUCUUCUCAUGCAAGAUUCUCAGUGGGGAAAAAAGUCUUUCUGCUAAAAGUCAUAAAAGUCACGUAUAAGUCCAAGCAGUCCUUUUGUUCUCAACUUUUAACUGUUGUUUUGUCGUUAAAAUGCAAGAAAGGAUUUGUGUGGGGUUACUGUAAUAAGAGGGUACUACUGUGCGGAAAUAGCUUGUCAUUUUUGGGUAGGUUUUGGGUCCAGUCUUCAGAGUGCUUUUUAAAAGGUAAUAGAACUAUUUUCUAGAAGAAGAGACACAGUAGUUUAUUUUUUUUAUUUAUUUUUUUUUUUCAAUCACUCGCAGGGAAAAGGAAAGACCAAUGUUGCAAUGUAAUAUUUUUUUUGUUUUUUGUACCUUGAGUGACACUGGAUGACUCAUUUCCCCUGUAGCUGUUUACUGACAUUCCAUAUCUGAACAGGAUAAAGCUGCAUUACACAUAUGUGGCACUUGAUCAAGAGCAGGGAAUACAAUGUACAGAAUGUAACUGUUAGUUUGAUAAGUAGCUAAUUCUUGUCUGAUCAAACAAAUAAUCGAAAAAACCACAAUGUUUCAGAGACACUGGAUGGCAUUUUUGAAUGUGGUGCAGAUUGUGCGUUUGUAUUGAUCUUUAUGAUGAACUGAAUAGUGUAACUGAUGCUUCCGAGUUAUAGCACAUCAUGUUGAUGGCAGUGUUCAGUGGAAUUCAGUUUUUCUUUGAAGGACUUAGUUUGACAAUUUGGAAAUGUACUCUUGUUUACGUCCAUCGUUGCUGAGAGACAAUACAAUAAUCAUGCAGCUUAACCCAGGUUAGUUUAGCAUAUAAUCUGGAAAAGGAUGAAACGAGUAGCCUGGCACUCGGCUUUGAGGGAACACAAUCCACCUACCAGUACCUCCGGAGUUCAAUUAAUACGUUCCAGCCUGUUAGUUUAACCUUUACAAAACAGCUAUUUGUGAUUUUGGAAGCACUAAAGUGAGAUAAUUACCGCUCCGGGCCAAGAAAUAGUCUGUCACAUUACUCCCUGUAAUAUCUCUAAUUGUUUUUAUACCAUUGUAAACAAAUGAGAUGUGACAUUUUAAUUAGAGGUGCUGGAAGACAGAUUCUGUUACCCUUACGCAGUGCACAGCUAGCAUUUUAUAAUAUUUAUGCUAAGCUAAACCGCCUGUUCCCAGCUCUCUCCGUGUUUUCCAGUAUUUCAGACUGGUCCUUUAAAGAACCCUAAACACUGCACGGUACAUGCAUGAGUGGCCGUGAAGCUCACUUCAGUUUGAUAUUUCAGGUGUUGGUAGAUUUUCUAUUUUUAUCAAUUCAUUAUUGAAAUUUAAAUUAUUGCUAUUCAUUCAUAGUUUUGCACACCGAGCGUGUACAGAGAUGGUUUAUUUUUAAUGCAGUGUAAUCUGACUAUAUUGUCAAGGUACUCCUUCAUUGUGCGCUGUCUCAAGUUUAUAAAGGAAGCAGUGCAACGUAUGUGCCUUCAGAAUGCUAAAUCUAUGCAUGUUAGGUGUUUUGAAAAUGAAAUUGAUGAUAAUUUAGUUGAAUUUUUGUAUUGUGUCACAAGGCAUUAAUUUCUUUGUACAGUACAUAUUUCAUAAUAAGCAUCAAAGGACUUUUAUACAAACAAUGCCUCAAGAGAUAUACUGUAUGAUGAUUUUACCUUUUUUUUAUGAACAAACUGUUGACUGAACAAAAAUAAAGACUUCCUGAAAGGCCA